AUGAAGAAGAAGAAUUUGCACUCGUCGCACUCGUCCUCCGCGAUGACGACGAAUACCACUAACAACGCGAACCCCAACGAGAUGAACUUUAACGAGAGAAGGCACCGAACGAGGCGAGGGAACGAGAACAACACGUCCACGUCUUCCUCGGCGCAGCAGCUGCAGCAACGGGGCGCGUAUUACCACCACGAAGAGAUUCUUUCGUUCCCGAGAGGGAAGACGAUGAGCGCGCACGGAAGCGGCGAGAAAAUCGAGAGCAACGGGAACACUCUUUCAGGAGGAGGAGGAGGAGGAUUAAGCGGUCUCGGCGGCGGGUCGGGGAACCUCGGAAAGAAGACGUCCUUUAACCCACGAGCACCGGCGAUGACGAGGGAACGAAGGGCGGACGUGGCGAGAGGCGCGGCAAGGGAAGGCGCGUGUUUAGGAAAAGAGUUGCGAAGAGUUGUGAGGACGUUGCGAUGCGGCGGGUACGAGGCGUUUCCGCCGACGGAAUUGUUGAAGGCGGUGUGGCGAUUCGUGCCGGCGUUCGCCGGGUCGGCGCAACAAGACGCGCACGAGUUUGCGAGGUUUGCGUUGGAAAGGUUAAGGAAAGAGUUGUUGGUCGGGGAACGCAUGAUGAAGAAACGAGAAGAGAACGAUCGGUUUAGGAGAGAGUACGAAGAGAACGCGUUAUUAGAAAGCGGCUUUGACUGGGACGAGAAACACGGAGGAAGGCGGAGGAACGGCGAAGACGCUUUCGACGACGAUAAAGUGUUGCCUGGGAAAGUCCCGAAGAGAGCGAGAUCGUUCCGACCAAGGAAAGCGAACGCGAGUUUAACAACCUCACCGAUAGAAAGUAACGAAGGCAGUCCUCGAUGCGCUCUAGUUGGAGGCUCGCCUGUGUUUGCGACGAAGAACUUACUCGCCGGCGAGGGUGAUCGCGAGAGCGAUCUUCUCGAUAAAGGUGGCGGUCGUGUUGCAGGAAGAGGGGAUAUCUUCCUCACCGGAUAUGACAUCGGCAACAACGAGACGCCAACGCUCGGUUUCUUAAACAAUAAAAACGCGAAUCCGUUUCAGCGCGAGGCGGAUGAACAAGCGAGACAACAGCAACAGCAGCAACAACAGCAACAACAACUAUUACACGCGAGUAGCGAAUCCGUGGACACAAAAGAAGGUCUUUUAACGAACAAUAAGCACAGCGAAUCACCAGACACGGUCGAAGAUGCCAUCGACCCAAACUUGAAAGGUUUUGUCAUCGUUUCCAGGUGGGGCGCAGUCGAGCACAAGUAUGGAUGUUCGUGUCGUCCGUGUAAAUCGAAACGGUUGAAACUCGAAAAAGAAAAUCCUUCGGCAACGCAAGCGCAAAACGAUCGUUCGACGCAAACAACGCAAGUCUUGAAAACGGAAGAUGGUUCCUCCGUGAUGUCGUUGCACGACGUGUUGAAUUUGAAAACGCCCGGGAAGUUGACGCCGGUUCGAACUGCUGCGCAAAAGAAGCGCAACGCGGGUGGUAUCCCGACUGCCGUACAAAAGCUAGUCGCGGAAGCAAAAAAUCACAUGGCCUCUAUCGAAUCACCGAAAUUUGAUCCGACCACACCGCACACGUACUUUGCCGACGCCGAGAACAUGUCGGACGAUCCGAUUUGGAAAAUCUUUGGUGGCGUGGCGGUGUCGCACGUGAAGUGCAGCGAGUGCGGACAGUCGAACGCGAUGAAAGAGCCGUUCUUAGAUUUGAGUCUACCUUUACCGAACGUCUCGAGACCGAUGACACGGGCAACCAGUCCUCCGCUGGUUAACUUGAACGCCUUGGGCUUGUCGAACGCCGGAAGCAAUCAAAACGAUUUGGACGACUGCUCGUAUUGGGACCACUCGGCACCAAUCGACGGGAACGGUCCGAACGGCGAGGCAACGAUCGAACAGUGUUUGGAGGCACACACGAGGGAAGAAUGUUUAGAUGGUGGAGAUGGUUCGAACGGAGGCGGCGGUAACCGAUAUUACUGCGAGCAAUGUCAAGCGGUGACUUCGGCGACCAAACGAACGUCGUUGAAUCGCGAGUGCCCAAAGGUUUUGGUUUUACACUUGAAACGGUUCAUGUGGAAAGGAAAGUCCGGCCAACGGGCGAAGAUUAUCGCGCCAGUGGCGUUUCCUUUAGAUAAUUUAAGUUUAGAACCGUUCUUGGAACCGGAAAGUGAGGAGAAAGACGACGACGACGUCGUCGUCGUCGUCGAAAAGCCGGCGGCUCGCGGCAAAUCGAAAUCAUCCUCCAAAAAAGGCGGCAAUAAACGCAAAUCCUCCGCGGCGGCAAACGAAGAGAAGCAACGGCGAGAGGGAAAAAUUACCGCCAACGCAGAACCUUCCAAAUCAUCCACCUCGUUCACCUACGACCUCUCCGCAUGCGUCGCGCACCACGGCCAAGCCGCCAACGCCGGUCAUUACACCGCCGUCGCCCGCGAUCUCGCCGGCGAUAACCGCUGGCGCCAAUUCGACGACGACCGCGUUCGAGACGUUUGCGACGAGGAAGUUAAAUCCAUCGCCAGUCAAGGAUACGUGUUCUUUUACGUAAGAAGAGAUUCCGAUUCCGAUUCUGAUUCCGAAGACGACGACGUAAACGACGACGACGAAUAA